UUCCCCCCUCCAAAAAAAAAAAAUGAAUUUUGACCAGAUCCUCUCUGCCAUAGGAGGAUUCGGCAAAUACCAGAAAAUGCUGUACAUAUGGAUUUGUUUACCUCAGAUCCUCCUCGCCUUCCAUAUGAUGGUGAGCAUCUUCACCGGAGCCACGCCGCCCCAUCAGUGCCGGGAGAGCCCGAGCUCCGCGGUCGGGAAUCAGUCCUUCGUGCCUGGUACAGUCAACAUGAACUUCAGCCUCUUGGACUCCUCCUGCUUCUCCACGAAGGCCCUGCUCCAAGGCAACCGAACUGAGCGCGUCCCGUGUGGCCACGGAUGGGUUUACAGCAAGGAGACUUUCCAGAGCACCACUGUCACCGAGUGGGACCUGGUAUGCAGCAGAGCUGGACUGAACAGUCUCGGAUCAUCCAUCUACAUGUUUGGCCUGUUGGUGGGAUCUGUGUUGUUUGGAGCCAUGGCAGACAGGUACGGCCGGCGUUUUGUUCUGCUGCUGUCCAUCGCUCUGCAGACUGUGUUUGGAGUGGCUGUAGCUUUUGCGCCCAACUUCCCAGUCUAUGUGAUUCUUCGCUUUGUAGUUGGUGCCACAAUAUCUGGAGUCAUCAUCAAUGCCUUCGUGCUUGGAACUGAGUGGACGUGCACCAAGAAACGCAUGCUGGCUGGUAUCAUCACAGACUACGCCUUUGGCUUGGGUUACAUGCUGCUAGCAGGAGUAGCGUACCUGAUACGAGACUGGAGGAAACUGCAACUAGCUAUAUCAGCCCCAGGGUUCCUACUUAUCUUCUAUAUAUGGGUGGUGCCUCAGUCUGCUAGGUGGUUGUUGGCCAACGACAGGAGAGAGGAGGCCAUCGCCCUCCUCCGCAAGGCAGCGCUUGUUAACGGCAGGGUGUUACCUCCCACUGUUCAGGUUGAGAAGUGUGACAUUUUAGGCGGAGGGAGGAAAAGUCACUCUGUGAUGGAUCUUGUGCGGACACCUCAGAUGAGAAAGAGAGCAAUUAUCUUGUUUUACAUCUGGUUUGUGAAUGUGCUGGUGUAUUAUGGCCUGUCACUGGGUGUGUCCAGGUUAGGGACAGACCUCUACCUCACCCAGUUUGUGUUCGGGUUGGUUGAGAUCCCUGCUCGUACUCUGGUCUUGCUCGUCCUGCCCUGCAGCCGCCGAUUCUCCCAAAGCGGGUUCCUGGCUUUUGGAGGGCUCGCCUGUCUGCUCAUGCUGGCUAUCCCUGCAGAUCAUCCCAACAUCCUGGCUGCUCUUGCCAUGGCAGGAAAGUUUGGCAUAACAGCUUCCUUUGCUGUGAUCUACGUAUACACUGCUGAGAUAUUCCCCACUGUUUUAAGACAAACAGGAAUAGGUGUAUCCUGCAUGUUUGCGAGAAUGGGCGGUGUGUUAGCACCGGCCAUCAACAUGCUGCAUAACCACAGCCCAGCUACGCCCCUUGUCAUCUUUGGCACCUCCCCGCUGUUGGGGGCCAUCCUUGCCCUGGCGUUGCCUGAAACUGCAGACAGACCUCUUCCUGACACGGUGGAGGACGCAGAGAACUGGGAAAUUAGACCACUUCCCACCAAGGAGGACCCUGAAAUGUGCGAGGACACUAGUCACGCAGCAAGCAGCACAGAGAAGCAGGAGCUACGACAUCUAGCGAGCCAGACCUAACAGCGUGCUAAAAACAUACAAGCCAUCCAUUAUUCACACAUCCUACAGGUGUGACACCAGAUACACUACUUACAAUAACACCCUCUAUGCAAUUACAUGUCAGGACUGAGUUGUGACCUCGAUGCAAGAAAAUCAAACACAUUUCAUUCACCAAACUUGCACCAAGGCGUUUAUGUACCAAGCACAAAGCAGGCAUUCAGUUCUCCAUCCAAGGCCAAUAAGCAGCCUACUGUUUAAGCAAGGGCAGGUAAAAUACAGUCAGCAGUGUUUAGCAAUCUGUUGCAUCAGUCAGAAAGCUACACUUUGUGUUUUGAUACAUUUUAUAGUACCGGGAGACAGAAUAAAUAGUUCCCUUGACUUGGCAUACAUAUUUGUAUAUAUUUAUACGUCCACCGGAGGCCAAAACUUUCUACACUCAAAACUGAUUAGAAGAAUAAGAUUCUACAAGAAUACCAGCAGCAAUGCAGGACUCUUGGUCCCAUCAAGCAGCUACUUUUGGAAUGUCGUAUUUUUCAGGGCGAAAGGAUUUAUUAUGAUUGUGCAUUUCAUAAAAACACUUUUAUGAUAUUUUUGUAUAGCAGUGUUCUAUGAACUGUCUCAGAAAGUUUGUUGUAUCUUGAUGCUGUAUUGCAAGCAACUGCCUCAUCUUCUCCUUCAUGGUCUCAAGCCAAGUUAAAUGAGUGAGACUGCAUGCACUAUAGUUACCUUUGUUAAGCCCAAUGUAGCCUUUUGACUACUGUAGUUGAUUAAAGUUUUGUAGUGAACACACUGGUGUGCCCGUAAAUAUUUUGGAAACUUUAACAAUCUUUAGUUAUUUUAGUUGUUUCCCACAUUAUGGUUAAGUUAGUUAUAAAACAGAUGCAGGCUUAAAACUUAUCAGUUUGAAAUGGGGAAAAUGUGUAAGAAUUCCAACCACUUUAUACAUAGCCCAUUUUCAAAUAAACAUUUUAUUUGAAUUUUGGCAUGAUUGCCUGAGGUCUGCAUCCCAUGUACAUAGAAUGGGUUAUUACUUCUAUACAUACUUACUCAUGUACUUAUAUUACUUCUAAAAGUUAUAACUGUUCUUAAGGUUUGUGAAUAGUCUGCAUCUUGUGGGGGUAGGGGUCAUUACUUGUCUUUAAAGUGCAUUUUACAAGGGCUGUUUAACAGAAGUAGUGAUGUAAUGAUGAAAUUCCAGGCAUACAUCAGAAGCACAGAUCAUGUAAUAAGCAACUGUAUUGUCAUGCUGUUACUCAGGCAAAUGGAUUGAUUUUUGAAAAUCCAGGAUUCUCACAGCAAAUAAAUUUACAUUUACAUUUAUUUUAUGCUUCAAAUGUAUACAACGUAAUGUAGAGGGGUAACCUGUUAUUCCACUGCAUGAAUAGAGUGAGCAUGCCUUACUGCAGUGUGUAGCAUGUUAGAUUAAUCACAGAUGUCACUGAAAAAAGGCAAAUGGAAAACUUUUGUUUUAUUGCAAUGAUUUCUUGUCUAAUGCAUUUGAAUGUAUGUGGAAAUGUGUCACAAAAUGUACCUUGUUUUUGAGAAAAGAAGACAUCAUGUUGCUGUGUCUCCAGAAAUAAAUUCAGUUGAAAAGUG